CCAUGAACUUUCGAAACGUGCGGACGCGGAAAGUGCGGAUUGAAAAAUAACUAGAUUCUAGUGAGAAAUAUUACCACGCAUUUUCCGCACUAAUUAUUCCUGAUGUUCCGCAUGAUUUUAUGCGGACGAUGCGGACUAUGGUCAGUGUCUACGGAUUGUGAAAAAAUCGUUUUUAUUUUCUGACAGUAACCAAAGUGAAGGCUAUUGUGCAAAUUGCAAACCUGUCUGUGAAAGUCAACCUCAUCUUUAAAAAACUCCAAGAGUUAUUUGUACGCAAUGGAUAUUAAGUAUCGUCAUAUGAAAACUUUUCAUAUACUUCAAAGUACGUAUGCUGAGAUUAAUAACAAAUCGCAAAACAAAAUCUCCGCUCACACCGAUGUUUAUACAUAGACUAAUUUAAUUGAAACUUUGUACAGUUAAAAAAGUGUGGAUACUGUGGGCUUAUUUUGGCGGAUGAUACCCUACUAUGGCACAAGUGCUUCAAAAAGUUCAAUGAAGAAACGCAUGCAGUCCAAAUUGGCGAGGAUGGUGUCGUUAUUCUGAUACACAAGUCGCAAAUUGUACAUCAGCAAGACAAAGUUUUGGAUGCCGAAAUGAACAAUUGCGAGGACAAUGAUGCAAUCGUGUCUGAAAGUUUGCAGAGUCAGGACGAAUUGCUGAUAAGCAUUAUGUUUGGCAAAAGAGCUCUGUGGGACAGUAAUAUUCCAGCAAAGGAGAGAUCUAAGUUAAAGAAAAAUGACCAGUGGCAGGAAGUGUACAAUUUGAUGGGAGGUGUCUUAAACAUCAAAGAGCUGAAAGACAGGUGGAGGUAUUUACGGGACCGUUUUAUGAAGGCACAUCGAGCACACACUCAAUACACUCCAAGCGGAUCUGCUGCAAACUCCAAAACGAUUCCAAAAUUUGCCCACUACCAACAGAUGCUGUUCUUGACCAAUACGGUUACUCAUGCACCAACUUGUACCAGUUUACCAACCACAGAAACUGCAAGAAACGAGAAAGAGGGCGAAUGUGACAUCGCAUUAAACGUAGAUACAGUUGAUGCAAUGGAAUCUCUGACUUCCCCACCAAUUAGAUCAGACUUAAGCAGCUCUGCAUCAAGUUCGGCGCAAAUGUCAAAUUGCUGCAGAAGAAAUACCUCAAAGAAAAAAAGACUGUCAUCUUCGGUGGAAACUGAAUUUCACGAAAGUGUUUUGGCUGCCUUACGUGAACCUACAGAACCUGUUAAACAAAACGACGGUGUCGACGGGUUUACCACGUUACUUGGCGAAGGACUGAGGAAACUGCCAUAUUCGAGGCGAGCCAGACUCCAAAUAAAAUUUUUAACUAUGCUUGCCGAUGAGACAGAACUACUCGAAGAAGAAACUAAUCAGUUCCAGUGACCGAUGAAAUAUACUUCUUUUAUGUACAUGCAAUAAUAAAAAUAAAUUAUUAG